AUGGAGUCGCUUCCUUCUGUAGCUGUUGCACCGGCGGAGAAGGAGAAACCAGACAACUCUGGAAUGGCUCAGGGUAAUGCGGAGAAGAAACCAGCUUGGAACAGGCUCUCUAAUGGCGAUUCUGAGAUCAAACCAGUCAUGGGAGCUUCGUCGUGGCCAGCUCUUACUGAGACGACACAAGCUUCUUUGAACAAGUCUUCCUUUGACUCGUUAAAAAGUUUGGGACAUGGAUCGUCAUCAACUGCUCCUUCCUCCAAGGAAACUGGUAUAUUUGACUUGCUCGAACACCAAUUGGAACCGAGUGUUGCAUCUAGUCCUACCAAUAGUACUGUUGUUCAACCCUCGGGACGAAGUUUGUCUUGCUACCUCAAAAACAAGAGGAACGAGUUUGCAUCACAAUCUCAUGGCGGUAACAAAAACCAAUAUCAACAAAACUCACCCAAGAAUCAACAUGUUAAUCAGAAUCAACAUGUUAAUCAGAAUCAUCAUCAAAGUCAUGGAGGCAGGUCCAUUCAGGAAUAUGGAUGGAAUCAAAAUUGGAAUCCUCAUACAAAAUUUAAUGUGCGAGGCGGAUUUGCACAACCACCAAGAGGUACCAGUACACCAGAUUUUGUAAGACAUGCACCACCACCACAACCGUCACCACCUAUAUUGCGAUUUGAUGCUCCAUAUAUGCCAUUUCACCAGUCUCCUAUGGUUUUCUCUGAAUUGAAACCAUUGAUGAUGUACUAUCCUCAUCGCAUGCCACUGAUCGAACCUCCUCCUAAUGUCUUCUUACAAUUUCAAGAAGCUCCCCUUAAAACCAGAAUAAUGGAUCAAGUUCAUUAUUAUUUGAGUAAAGAGAAUUUAUCUAAAGAUGAAUUCUUGCGCAAGCGCAUGAAUGAUGAGGGCUUUGUUCAUAUACAGUUUAUUGCUAAUUUCAAAAGGCUCAAGUCACUUACAACUAAUAUCCAGUUUAUAAUGGAUUCUCUCCAAGGUUCAAAUGUUGUUGAAGUGAAGGGUUAUGAAAUAAGGAACAAGCAAAUUUGGAGAAGUUUCUUAAUGCCUCAUGACUUGCGGGUUCCUUUUUAUCCGAGCCCAGAGUAUGGAAUGACAAGCAAACUCCAUCAACUUGGAUCAAGCUCAAGCAUUCAAGAUUGA